AUGAAGUGUAUUGAGGAAGUUCCCUCGCCACCCGACCCAGUCGUGCCCUUUAUCAACAUCUGCCAUCACCGUUGUCCCGGUCCUGCGGUCGGUGUUGGUCCAGGGAGCUUCCGGCCUGUAAGUUCAGGCGAGUAUACUGAUAAUUCUGAACUUUCGGCACCUGAAAUCCCGUCGAUUUCCAGUUCCUGCGAUCGCUGUUCCUCGAACCUCCGGAUUUAUUAUCAAAAUGUGCGUGGAUUGAGUACCAAAAUAGAUGCUUUCUUCUUGUCUGUUUCCGAAGAAGAGUUUGAUUUGAUUGUCCUGACUGAAACAUGGCUGGAUGAUCGCAUUUUCUCAACGCAGCUUUUUGGACCUUCGUACGCCGUAUACCGAACCGAUAGAAGUCAUCUGAAUAGUCAUAAAUCUCGUGGUGGAGGAGUACUGAUUGCUAUCACGAGGCGAUUAACCAGUUAUCUUGAUCCUGCCCCUAUUUCUCUCCUACUUGAGCAACUGUGGGUUUUGGUGGAAGUUAAUCACAACACUAUAAGUAUCGGCGUUAUUCGAACACGUGGAAUCCAUUGGUUCAGUUUCAGCUCGUUUGAAAGUUCACUCUCCUGCUCUUCUGUUCGGGACUAUAAUCAAGCAGGUUUGCAGUGGUGUUUCCCCGAAAGUAGUACACCAGUCAUCGAUCCAUUGACAUCGCAUAUAUCCGAGGCCUGCUGUGCUCUCCUGGACGGAUUCAACCUUCACGGUUUUUCUCAAGCCAACACACAUCUGAAUAGAAAUGGUAGAUUACUGGACCUUGUCCUGGCCAAUGAUGCUGCAUUACCCAUUUCUUCGAUUGCUUUGGCGGCUGAUCCCCUAAUUGAUCUCGAUGCUGAUCACCCUGCUCUCGUCACGUUAAUAAGCUUGCACACUCCGAUCGUUUAUGUUGCACCAUCUGAACAAACAUCUCUGAACUUCCGUCGAACCAACUACGCUUUAUUGAGUGAUGAACUCGCCAAUAUUGACUGGAAUUUCAUCGAAUCUACCGAUAGUGUCAAUGUCGCAGUGGAGUACUUCUGUACAGCAGUAGUGGAUGCAAUCUUUCGUGUUGUUCCUGCUCGACGAUCACCUCAUAAUCCUCCUUGGUCCAAUCGCCGCUUACGCGAGCUGAAGCGAAAACGAUCAACCGCUCUGCGAAGUUACAGUAACUGCCGGUCAUCUUACUUCAAACGACAGUUCAAUUUGGCCAGUCGUUGUUACCGUCAAUACAACCGUUUUCUCUAUAAUCGGUACAUAAAACGAACGGAAGCGAAUCUACGCACCAACCCUCGUGGGUUCUGGUCAUUUGUGAAUACCAAACGAAAAGAUGCUGGCCUGCCUUGUUCUAUUUUUUUUGGAAAUAGCACGGCUAAUAAUGAUCCUGAGAAAUGCAAUUUGUUUGCACGUCAUUUCAAACGAGUGUUCAACAAUUCCUCAACCUCUGCUAUGCAAGUUGCAGAAGCUACCAGCGGACUGCCUUGUGAUGAAUUCAACUUCGACAUUCCUCACUUUACAGAAGAGAUGAUGAAAACCGCAAUACGUAAAUUAACGCUCUCGUAUGCCGCUGGGCCCGACGGAAUACCCUCAGCAGUCUUGAAGCUUUGUGCAGAUGUUCUUUGCUCUCCGUUAACAACGUUGGCGCGAUCCUCGGAACCUGCCACCCUACGAGGAUCGUUGUCGUCUGUUGAAUAUUCAACCACUUGA